AUGGGAGCUUCAGAUGAUGACUUUAGUAGACUACUUAUGAAAAUAAAGGCCGGCGAGAAAUGCAGGAAAAUAAGAAAAAGAAUGAUUUUAAACAAUAAAUUGAGACGUCUGGGAACUUUAAGGAAUGCGCAACAACCUGUUAAACCGAUGAACAUUGAAACACAUCCCAUCGAGAACUUAGUAGUUAAUAAAUUGUCUUACACGUUUAGCACGAAGGAAAUGAACCUUCUCAACAAAGGACUAAAAUAUGCAAUCACACCCAAGCGAACUGAUAAGGAAGACAACAUAGCAGACGUGGAGACAGCCAUAAGAGGAGCGGAUCAUGGAGCCAAGGAGAACAUUAGGAAAGAAGUAUACAAAAUACUAAGAGGAAGCAACAACAGCAACCUAGAUAACAAAACCAGAAGUGAACAUGCAACGGUGAAAAGUUUGAAUGAAAAGCCAGUGUAUUACAUAAAAGCAGACAAGGGAAACACUAUCGUUAUUAUGAAUAAGGACGAUUACGAUGAAAAGAUCAUAGAUAAACUUAAUAACGGAAAUUUUAGAAAAACUAGGAUCAACCCUUUAAAGGAAUCAGCAAUGAAGGUUAGGAAGGCUUUAAAGGAGUGUAAGUUUCUGGACUUCAACAUUAACGACUUGACGAUGCCGAAUCCAUCAGUUCCGAAACUGGUGUGUCUACCAAAAAUUCACAAGGAAGGUGAGCAGUUCAGGGAGAUCAUUUCCGCUAACGGCGCCCCAACAUACAAAAUUGCGAAGUGGCUCGUGAAAAGAUUUGGGGAAAUGGAUUUCCGUUCCUGUUCUAUUAAGAAUAGAGAGGAAUUUAUAGAAAAAACGAAAGGCUUAAAGAUUGGUCCUGAUGAAUUAAUGGUAUCGUUCGAUGUCCAAGCGCUCUUUCCUAGUGUUCCAGUUAAAGAAGCUCUUGAAUAUUUGAAAGUAUGGUUAUCAACACAAGCAGGAGAAACAGAAAAUUGGAACAACAAAGUAAAAGAAUACCAUAAAUUAGCAAGACUUUGCAUGGAGGAGAAUUACUUCGAAUUCAGAAACGAGAUGUACAGAACAACAUCGGGAGUUUCGAUGGGCAAUCCACUUUCACCAUUUAUCGCAGAAUUAUUUAUGUCCAAAUUGGAAAAAAGAAUGGAGGAGGAUUCCCUGAUGCCUAGAGUAUGGAUGCGGUAUGUUGAUGACGUCUUCGCGAUAGUGGACAAGGAAGAACUGAAGAAUAUAAACAGAUGCAUCAACAAAUUACAUAGAAACAUCGAAUUUACAAAUUACAUAGAAUCAACGAAACAUAAAAUGGCAGCGUUCAACUCUAUGAUCCAUAGAAUGUUAACCACACCGAUGGACAGACACGACUAUAGAUCAGAAGUAAACUUCAUUUUGGACAUGGGUGAAGAACGGAUAUUAGAAGAACAAAGAACAACGUGGGCAUCUUUAAGUUAUGAUCAUCACUGUACAAACUUGAUAAAUAAACAACUAAGGAAACACAAUAUUUGGACAUCGGAAACCAAUAGUUAA